CAAACCACAGGUGUCAGUGUUACAAUGGACAGAACAAUGCCGCCUCAUAAACGAGGCCCGCGGACCCGUGACAGCCAUCAAAAAGGUCGCGACGCGUUUUUCUCUUCAACCACCUUGUCUUAUACUAUCAUCAGCCCGCGCUGCACCUCAUAAUCGCCUCCGACGCGUCCUAGCCCCGCGCCACUCGCUCCAGCGCACAUACCGGAACUCGAACAUACUCUGCUCUUGUCUAAUCCAACCCUCACGACUACGACAUGCGUCCCUGCGUUCCGUUCCCCGCCACUAACAACACGAGCGACCAGUGGGCGUUCACCGCGCACGAGUCCUCACAGGACCCGCACGAGAUCGACCUCGUGCUCGUCAACGAAGAUGCACCUGUCGCGAAGUCCCCCUCCCGGUCUCCCUUCCGGCGCACGCGCUCGUUUUCGACCGCCACAAUCCGUGGCAGGCCCAACCAGAAGCUGCCCGCCGUGUUCGAGGCCUGGCACGCCGAGCACGGCGACGCCGACGACGAUGACAACGACUUUGAGUGGGACGACCGGCUGCCAGCGCGUCCCGAGACGCCAGCAUUCGACACGUCGCCCACGAAGCUAUUCCGCGCCGCGGAGUUCAUUGCCCCUAGCUCGCCAUGCACCCCCGCGCUGGAGGACCUGCCCGAUAUCGAGGACGAGUCCAGCAGCGACGAAGACGUCAACACCGUCUUCACGCCACCGAUCUCGUCCACAUCUUACGGCACGCACCCGGCGCUCGAGCCGCGCCUGCACUUCCUCGGGACGCGGCACUUUGAGGAGUGGGACAAGAGCGACUUCGUUGAUUGCCAUGUUCUGCUCCAGCUCGUGCCGAUGAACCUGCCCGGGCUGCUCUCCGCGCCCCCAUCCGCCCCCAUCGAGAUCCUCUGCAGCACCGCGCCCACGCCCCGCCCCGGCUGCUCCUCUCCGCCCUCCCCAUGGUCCUCGGUCCCCGAGCACGCGCUCCGCUGGCGGAGCGACACGGCCAUGCUCCAGCCCUCCGUCGAUCCGCGCUUCAACACGCUCGUCGAGGAUAACAUCGGCGUGAACCCCACCUGGCAGCGACCGCAGAACUAUAUCAAGGUCGCGGGGUGCCAUAUCCCGCUGGACGGGUACGCGCGGCUGGUGACGAUUCGCAUCCCGACGGGCUGGCUGCGCGGGUCGACGCCGCGGACGUUCAUGCUGGAGGUCGUCAUCGAGGAGGAUCGGGACGACGGGACCCCUUGGCCGACCGUGCGCGCGGAGAUGACGGUCGCCAACUUGCGCUGGCAAGACGUCGCGCCCCGCCGCCCAUGAUCAUGUCGUCCUACCGCCCAUGACGUCUGUGCGCAUCUCACCAUCUACAACCCAACGCUGUAUAUCUGUCUCCUGCUUCUCCUUGCUCUGACUCUCAUCUCUCAUCUUUCCGAUGCUCUAUACUCUCAUCUCUCCGAUGCUCUACAAUCCUCUUUCCAUUGUCCAUGCUUAACGAAUCUACUGUCCAUGACCUUCGAAAUCUCCUGUCCAUGACCUUCGAAAUCUGUCCAUGAUUUCCUGUUUACGACCCACGCUCCUACUCUCCUUGCUCAUCGAUACCAUUGCAUCGUCACUACCAUAGGCUCUUCCUGUAUCUUUACCACUGGAUUUACGAUGGACUUCUGUUGAUGUGCUGG